UGACAGCGAACACGCUGGAGAGGCAAAAGGCAAAACAGGGGCAACAACAGAGAGCUACUCUCAGCCUUUUGCCUUCCCCUCUCUCCCUCUCUUUUUCUCUCUGUCUUUCCCUCUCUGUCUGUCCUUCCUGUCUUCAUUGCCCUGAGCUCAUCUCUCUCUCUCUCUCUCUCUCUCUGUCUCUCUUUCCUCCCAUUCCCUCCCCUCCUUCCUUAUUCUUUGUUACUCUUCUCCAACUGCUUAUAGCAUCGAUGCAAAAUGGGUUGUGGAAAUUCCUCAGCAGCCAGCACAACAGGAGGAGGGCCGGCAGAAGCUUCUAAAGAUGUGACGGAAGACCUCUCACCAGAUGAAGAGAAAAGAAGGAAUUACGGUGGGGUUUAUGUAGGUCUUCCAGCAGAUUUAACCGCAGUUGCAUCAAGCCAGUCCAAGUCCACACACAAAGAUUAACAGAAAAGAGUGGCAUCAGAUGUGGCACAGAUGCUCUGUUGUGUACGUACAAGGCCGUCCUCUGUAAUGGUCCUUUUGGGGUAUUCUGGCCUCCGGUGGGUCCAGCCACCCAGAGCUCCCGGGCUCCCGGCCAGGAGGGCAUCCCAGUGGGUAGUACCCAGUGGUGUGCUGUGUGGAGUAGUGCUGUGCCAGGCAGGGGUGGCUCUGUGUCCUGGCCAUAUUUCCACAAACUUGGGCAGUGGCAAGGGCAUCGAGCCUCUGGAUGGAACCGGACAUCAUUGGCACACAAGGCAAACACCUGCCUCUCAGGAAAUGACCUGAGACAUGACUUUCUCCUUUUAUUUGCUGGACCAACGUAUCCAACCAGGAAUGAUCAGGUCUGCAAUAAUGGACACAGGAACACUAUACACCUUUCAUUGCUUCAGGAUACUGAUGGAUAUGGUUCAGAAUUCAGAAUGAGAUGCGAUGUCUAACAGCAAAAUAAAUAGAUGCUACUGUAAGGUUAGUUUGACAUGGACUGGAAUAUAUCAGAGCAAAAUUAUUUUAUACCCUUCAGCAGAAUGGCUUAUAGUUUAAUUUUUUAUUUAUGUUGAUGAUUAAGACUGCAUGUAACAGUCAUGCACUUUUUUCAACUGUUCCGGGAUCUUAAGAUAUUUCAAUUCAGGAAGUUUGCUGAUAUGUUUUAAUGGGUUAGGAUUAUGUAUGAAUGAAUAUUUGAAUUCUUUCUUGGAUAUUAAUUCCAUUAAUUUUAGUCGUGGUGUCUUUUGAAAGAAAUUUUAAGACAAAAAAAGAAUGUUUUCAGCUUAAUGUUCUAUGUGUACUCUCUCAUGCAAGGACAAGGUUAUUGGCACAUCACAUUGUGCACAAUCAAUCAAUGUGUUGUUUUCUAUUCUUUCUUUUUAAAUAUGCAGAGUGACCUCUCUCUCCCUCUUUCUCUGUACCUUACACACACACACACACACACAUACUGUACACACACACACACGCACACACACACACACACACACACACCCGCACACGCAC